GAAAAAGGGAAUUAUAUAACGGAAGCCAAAGCAAAGAGGAAAGGGCGGCAAGUCCGGCUGAGAGAGGGAGAUCAGAGAUGGCAGCUUCGUGUUCAAGAAUGGUGGCGGCAGCGGCCGUACGGCGGCAAGUCCUGAACGUGACGGACGCGGCGGCGGAGAGAAUACGGCAGCGGAAACGUCCGUUCAUCAAGCUCCGCGUGAAGGCCGCGGCUGCAACGGCUUAUCCUAAACCCUCAACCAUGCAGCAACUUCUGUUUUUGAGGGAAUUGCCUCAAUCGAUUCACGAUGGCCAUCUUGAAGAAUCAUCUUGAACUGGUACAAAGCAACUUCUGUUUUUGAGGGAAUUGCCUCAAUCGAUUCACAGUCGCCAUCUUGAAGAAUUAUCUUGAACUGGUACAAAGGUAUGGCUCCAGCAGUGGCGCAAAGAAUUUCAAAGAGGCCUCCUCGGCCAUUCCGAAGAGGAGGACCAAGGAACAUAGUUUGCACCUUUUGGCUUGAGGGGAGGUGCACUCGCCAUCCAUGCAAGUUCUUGCACGCCUUACCAUCAGAAUCAGCACCGGCAGCGGCUUUGGCAUCGAAGCAGGAGCAGUUCCAAGGCCGCAAAUCAUCAAGAACUUGGAAGAGGAAUCCGGAGGAAGCCAAGAGUGGUGGUGCGAAGAUUAAUUCAUCUGUCGAGCCUGAACGUCAUGACAUCAAAAGAGUUGAAGACAAAAAGGAAGUUUGCCAGGCUUGGCUUUCUGGAAAUUGCAUGCUUGGCGAUCAAGACUGCCAGUACCUGCACACUUGGUUCUACGGCAGUGGCUUCUCACUGCUUGCAAAACUAAAUGGACACAGCGACACCAUCACGGGCAUCGCACUCUCUUCGGGCUCUGACAAGCUGUACUCCGGAAGCAGAGACAAGACAGUGCGUAUCUGGGACUGCCACACAGGGCUGUGCGUUGAUGCGUUGGAGAUGUCGAGCGAGGUUCUCUGUUUGAAGUGCGAAGAUCCGUGGCUAUUUGUGGGCCUGAAGAAUGCAGUCAAGGCUUGGAACACGCAGAAAUCAUCUGAAGCGCUGAGCUUCCCCACUGCACCUGUUCCUGUUGGAGAAGUUCGUGCCAUAGAAGCCAUGGAGAACAUGCUGUUUGCAGGCACACAAGGCGGCACCAUAUUCGCAUGGAAGUUCCGGUGUGAAGAUGAAAUUCCUGAACUACCCUCAUCUCUCAAGGGUCAUAGCCACGCUGUUAUUUCUCUUAUUAUUGGAGCAGGGAUGCUCUAUUCCGGUUCCAUGGACAACACCAUAAGAGUCUGGGACAUGAAUAACUUGCUCUGCGUCCAAACGCUGGAAGGGCAUACCGGUGCAGUGCUGUCCGUCCUUUGCUGGGAUCACUAUUUGUUCUCAUGUUCGCUGGAUGGGACGGUAAAGGCUUGGGGGAUGGCUAAGGAGGAUUACUUUGAGUUGGAGAUGCUAUACUCACGCGAAGAACAAGAAGACGGCGUCCUCAAGCUUCGGGGAAUUCAAGAUGCAGAUGGGAAGCCCAUCCUGCUGUGCUCGUGCAACGACAACUCAGUUCGCCUCUACGACUUGCCACUUUUUUCCGAAGGGGGGGUACUGUUUUCCAAACGAGAAGUUAGAGCAAUUGAAACUUCGAGUGCAGCAGGACUCUUCUUCACGGGGGAUGCAACGGGACAAGUAACUGUCUGGAAAUUGGCUGGAUCAGAGAACUGAUGCCCUACAUGUUGAAGAUUACAAAGCUUUUUGCAGACAUUGUUGGUGGUCCAUGGAGAUUGGAAGCUCAACCUUCUGUGUAGAUAUAUUGCUCGUUGAGAUUGGAUAUUGUGCGGUAUUAAUUUUGAAUACUUUAAUGCUUAUGUUAUGAUGCAUAGUCAAUUCAAUUGAACGACACUGUCCUUGCUUUGAUGAUUUCAAGAUGUAGCAAUAUCUCAUGUAGGGGGGUUGAAAGUGCUUGAUUAUUA